AUGAAAGUGUUAUUGUUUGGUAAUAGUGAAAGUUGGAUAGGAAUGUCAGCUAAACAACAGACUGGAAAUGUCGCAGCUCCUGUGGACAAUGGUGAAGUAGUGCGCAUUAUGGACGAUGAUGCACGUAUAGUACGUCCCAAGCCACGUGCUUCUAACGCAACGAAAAAGAACCGAAUCAACAACAAUAACUCGAAUAAUACUGGUGUUCCGCUAGUUAGCAACGUUGAGGAUACUCCACCGAAUGUCGUCUUCGAUCAACCGAACCGUCCUCACGUGCAACAACCGUAUAUGGCUCAUAGUUGUCGUCCGAAUAUGACACAUCCAGUAGUGAUCGGCAGUGUGAACCGCCCUAUGUAUAUGCCAGUGCAUAAUCCGCCACCUUCAACAUGUUGGUGCAACGGAAUUUCUGACGAUAUACGAGCGAUUAAGGAGACACUAAAUUCGGUUUCCAAUGGGAUUCACUUAAUUCUUCAAAAAGUUCACAUGGAUCAAAUGAACAAUGCACAAAUGAUGUCGCAAAUUUUGCGAACCGUUGAAAUGGUUGCGGACACUGUUAAUAAUAUGUCAUUUGUGCAGUUUCAAGCAUACGAUCAGUAUUAUGAUGGAUCUGGCGUGGGAAAUCCUACCGGAAGUCCGGAUGGAACGGUUCCUCCAGAGACGUGUUAUGAGCAAACUGAUGAGCAGAACACGCCGAUUGAGCAUGUAAUGAAUAACAGUUCACGUUCCUAUCCUUGA